GGUAAAAAUUUAGCGACGCGUUUAACUCAUGUACUUCUGCCUCAAAAACAACGGGAGUUGUGCAGUUUAAACAGAAACCGGUAGCGGCUAAGCCCAAUCGUUGAGUGAAGUGUGCGAAAAGAGUGCUGAGCAAGUAAAAUGCGCAGCAGCGAUUCCAGGGGUCAGCUUCGAAACCCAAAAACAACACUUAACCUGCGAACUUUCACACUGUUCAACAUAGCCAACUAAUUUUUGUACAAGAACAAGAACGAGCAGCCGCAACCAAGUAUUCAUCUAUACAUUUAUACAAUCCUGUAUAUUGGAACGGACGAACGGACAACAACUUCACAUAUAUACAUAUAUAUAUUUAUAUUUAUUGUAAAACCAACACCCAAAAAAAUCGAAGGAUUGAGCAAUUCCGAAGUACCCACAGUACUGUGUACCCCAAGGAACCCCGAAUCCGAUUCCGAGUCCGUACACCCCAGGCCCCCAGGAAGCGGAGUUAGCCGAUUAUACUAACAUAAUUAGAGCGACAAAUCGUAUAUUCCGAAACACUCCAUUAGCGUUUAGUUAGGACAGAUAUAUUUAUACAUAUACAUAUAGAUGUUUAACGAAAUUUUCAAUUAGGCGCCAGAUUAGUAACGAAGCAAAGCAAUAAACGACGAACCUCAGCGUUAAGCCUAAAGAUCUACCUACCUAGAUGCAGCAUAUAUAGUUUAUGUAAUCCAAAUACCAACCAGCCAAGUCGAGAGUGAGUCGAAGAGUAGUAGAACAAAUCGAAAGUAUUGAAAUUUCUAGCCGAGUUCUCUGUUAGCAGCUAGCCACCGUUUAGAUUGCCGCAAAGACACCUGUUUAAUUAGCGCAGAUACAUAUUUAGAUUUUGUACGUAGCUAGGAACAACAUCUGCAAAUUUUUUGAUAUUGACCCUUCCGACUUGAAAUUGAUGCGGCCAGUUGCAGUUGCUGCGAUUCCGGUCCGAGUGUAGAGCCUUGUAGAUUGCCGACGUAGCCUAGUGUAGAGCCCGAUCGAAGCCACAGUCCCAGGACACCAUCCGCCAGCCAUGGACGAGUCACAGCCGAAGACCCUGUAUGUGGGCAACCUGGACAGCACCGUCUCCGAGGACCUGCUCAUCGCCCUCUUCGGCACCAUGGGCCCCGUCAAGAGCUGCAAAAUCAUCCGCGAGCCGGGCAACGAUCCGUACGCCUUCAUCGAAUAUUCCAACUACCAGGCAGCCACCACGGCCCUGACCGCCAUGAACAAACGCCUCUUCCUCGAUAAGGAAAUCAAGGUAAACUGGGCCACCAGUCCCAGCAACCAGCCCAAGACAGACAUCAGCUCGCACCACCACAUAUUCGUGGGCGACCUCAGUCCCGAGAUUGAGACGGAGACCCUGCGCGAGGCGUUCGCCCCCUUCGGUGAGAUCUCCAACUGCCGCAUCGUGCGUGACCCGCACACCAUGAAGUCAAAGGGUUACGCCUUUGUGUCGUUCGUGAAGAAGGCGGAGGCGGAGAACGCCAUCCAGGCGAUGAACGGCCAGUGGAUUGGCUCGCGGUCGAUACGCACCAAUUGGUCCACGCGCAAGCUUCCCCCACCGCGCGAACCGUCGAAGGGCGGUGGUCAGGGAGGCGGCAUGGGCGGCGGACCAGGAGGCAAUGGGUCCGGCGUGAAGGGCAGUCAGCGCCACACCUUCGAGGAGGUGUACAACCAGUCGAGCCCCACCAACACCACCGUAUACUGCGGCGGCUUCCCGCCGAACGUCAUCAGCGACGACCUGAUGCACAAGCACUUUGUCCAGUUCGGUCCCAUUCAGGACGUGCGGGUCUUCAAGGACAAGGGCUUCUCGUUCAUCAAGUUUGUCACCAAGGAGGCGGCCGCCCGCGCCAUCGAGCACACGCACAACAGCGAGGUUCACGGUAACCUGGUCAAGUGCUUCUGGGGCAAGGAGAACGGCGGCGACAAUUCGGCCAAUAACCUCAAUGCCGCAGCCGCUGCGGCAGCAGCCUCGGCAAAUGUAGCAGCCGUGGCAGCGGCAAAUGCGGCGGUUGCCGCUGGAGCGGGAAUGCCCGGUCAGAUGAUGACGCAGCAACAGAUAGCGGCCGCCACAGGAGCGGCGAUACCCGGCCAAAUGAUGACGCCCCAGCAGAUUGCAGCCGCCACAGCGCAGUAUCCGUACGCCUAUCAGCAGAUGGGCUACUGGUAUCCCCCAGCGGCCUACCCCACAACCCAGAUGCAGACGCAGUACAUGCAACAGGGCUACUAUCCCUACGCCUACACUACCAGUGCUCAGCAAGCGGGAGGUGUCCCUUGCAUACAAUUUUCAGCUGCUGGAUACCGCAUGGUGCCGCCGAAUGUGGCAUGGGGCGUGCCGGGGACUGUGGUGCCCGGCGUAACGGCCGCCGCAGCCUCAGCGGCCGCAGCAGCGAACGGUUCUCUUGCCCCGCAGAUGAUGUACAGUGCUGCGAUGCCACAAUACCAGACCCAAUGAGCUGAGAUGUGACGCCAGCUUCGACGCCGUUUGCAGCAUCCGGGAAGUCGCCCCCAGCCGCAGCCACAACCACCACUGCUGCACCAUCUGCCGCAACUGCAGCAGUUGCAAUCGCAAACGCAUUACGCACGUUUAGGUUACGUACAAUACCGGGUAGUAGCAAAGUCGGAACCGCUUCUGGCCCUGCCGGUGGGCAGCAGUAACAGCAGCAGCAGAAGCAGCCUCAUCAACGGUGGCGUUGCAGCUGGAGAUUAGAAAGGCGCACACGAGUGAGUGUUGUCUAGUUAGGAGUUGUGGCUACGGUUGCGGCUGACUGCGGUGGACGGAAACGGAAGCUGAAUCGGAACCGAGGGUGUAGAGCCCCAAAAUCGAAGGUCGAGGCGGCGCGUGGUACUCAACUUCAAGUGAACCACGCCGGCGACAACUGAAACAACAUCAACUGAAAAGCUCCGGGCGAUGGGCGGGUAGCUGUAACAAUCUAAUCCAAUCUAAGUACGUGUUAAAAUAAUUUAAUGAUUUGUAAUUUAAGCAGAUAAUAGGCGUAUAAACGAAACGGAAACAAAAUAAACCGAAUGAGAAGUUCAACAAAAACAAACAGAUCAGAGAAAAGGCAAUUACGCGCGACAAAGCUAAAAAAAAGCACACACAAUCGAAAAAAAAAAUCGUGACAAAGCAAAUUGUAAUUGUAACUAUGUGGAACAUGUGUCAACGAAAACUGAAGACGGGAAGGGAGGCGUCAGUAGGAUGAAUGGAAAGCCACAAGCAAGCCGAAUGCAAAAUCAAGAGGAAAAACAAAUUUAGUCACUAAGAGAAUGUAAAUUCGAGCAUACAUAUUGUAUAUUUCCAAUGUGGAAAACGAAAUGCGAUAUAAAUAUGUAAAAUGUAAAAUAAAGAAACAAAAAAAUAUAUAAAACAAGUGAGAAAACGAACAGAAAA